AUUGUAGGUUAUUUUCAUAUCUUAGCGUCUUUUUGUAUUCGGACAAUAUUUAUAAAACUUUAGAUGUAAAAAGUGAUUUGUUUGAAAUUUUCCAAGUAAAUACAUAUUUUGGUGCUAUUGCAGUGUGCCCAAACAGCGGUGUUUGGUCAAAAUUCAACAAUACAUAUUUUGAUUAGCGUCAACUUAUGAAGAUGGGAAAGAAAGUAAGGGAAUAUAAAUCGGGCGACUUUAUAUUUGCAAAAGUAAAAGGAUAUCCAGCAUGGCCGGCAAGAGUGCAAAAACUGAAUGGAAAGAAGUAUUUUGUAUAUUUCUAUGGGACUGGAGAAACUGCAAACCUACCACCGAACAUGAUAUUCGACUAUGCCGAGAACAAGGAAAAGUUUCUAACCAAAACGGUGAAACGUCGCGACUUCAACGACGGCGUGAAACAGAUUGAAUACGACUUCGCUAAUAAUGUGCCGUUGGAGCAAGUUAUUGGUGUCGUUACAGAGCCUUCUGAAGACGCAGCAAAUGAUACAGCCAACGAUACGGCAAACGAAGUCGACGACUCCACCGCAGACACCACUGCCGCAGAUGACACUAUAGCUGAUGAGUCUGCAGCGAAUACAACACAAAAUGAUACUGGCAUUGAAGAUUCAGAUGAAACAGGCGGCCUGGUUAUAGAUGAAGCUAAAGCGAAAGGCAAGAAAUCCGUCUCCAAAACGCCAGCAAAAGAUACACCAAAGGCCGCGCCUAAAACUCCCCGCGGGAAAGGCAAGAAGGAAGAUGGCGAUGAAAAGGAGAAGGACAAUAAGGAAAAGGAAGAGGAGUUGGUCAGCAGGAGUGGGAGAAAGAUUAGGCCUAAGCGCUAUAUGGACGAACAUACAGAAGAAAAUACAACACUACCGUCGCCUGCGCCUAAAAAACGUCGUGGGACUUCACCCGGCGUUGACAAAGAUACCAGAGACAAGGCCGAGAAGAUUAUCAAGCAUUUUAAUAAUGUGACACAGUCUGAAUUAGAAGACCUCAAGGAGCCAUUCACACCAGACGAACCAGACAAAGAGAACAUUCUCAUAGCGUACCUACCGUCCGGGCAAUAUGUGGGCAUAAAGCUGUUCCAAUCCAGACCGACAACGUUUAAGAACGAAGCCGCUAGACUACAGUGGGAUAAACAGGCUGCUAGUAAUGCGUUGACGCUUAAAACGCAAUUGGAAAGAGGACACAUAACAGCUCAAUCGGUGGUAGCACAACUGAACAUGGAUCUCAGUUUAACUGACGAGGAAAAGGCCAUGCUGGAUAAGGACAGAGAAACAGAGGAGAAGAAAUCUCGUGUGCAGUUCUUGAAGACGGAGAUGAAACUAAUUGAAUUAGACGCUAAGAUAAAAACCUGUCUUUGCUUGGAGAAGGCAGAUACGGAGCUGUGUUUGAAGUUGUUGGAUGAAUUGAUGGAGCUAGAAGUGAAACCGCUAAUGCUGCUCAAACAUCCCUCAUGUCUGGAGACAAUAAAACGAAUGCGCGCAUACGUUGGGAACACGCCAUCUUGGGACCUCAGUGAGAGCGCUGCGCUCGUGUUCAGCAAACACGCGCACAGGAUACGGAAACUGGCGGACACUAUAUAUAAUAAUAUGCGGCAAUUAUUCACAACGCCCGAGGGUCUAUCGUUCUGGGAGUAUUUCUCUGAACGCGUGAUGCAAUUCAAAAAGGCCACGAGUAAAUUGUCAGCCGAUGAACUGUUGGAGCUGGUGCAUGAACCUAUUGAAAUGUCACAACCAUCACCGCACACAAUGAAGUCGGCUGUGGAUUCAGCAAAUGAAGUGGAAGCUAGCGUUGAGGGGCAGAAGAAAAAACCACAAGCAGGAAGAAACAAGAAGAACGCAAACACAACACCAUCCAAACCGCCGCUCAAACGGCAGAACUCUAAAAAGCAACAAAACGACAAAGAAGACAACGAAGAAGAAACAGACAAAUCGGAAAACGAAAAAGAUAAAGAAAAAGAUUCAGACACACAAAACGCAGACAGUGAAAAGACAAAUGACACAGAGAAAGAAUCAAAUAACACAGACGAUGUAGAAGAAAGCACAGAAAAGACAGAAGACACAGAAGAAUCAGAGAAAGACACAGAAGAUAAUAAGAAUGACGAAUUAAAUAAUGACACAGAAAAAACAAAUGACGCAGAAAUGGAAGUUGAUGAAGAUUUAAAUAGUAAAGAAGAAGAAUCUAAAGAAGAUUCUGCGAAAGAAUCUACAAAAGAAGCAGAAAGCACAGACAAAGUAAAAGAUAAAUCAAAAGAUUCAGACAAAGAAGACGCGAAAGAUAAGAAGGAAAAAGACAAGCCGAAAGAAAGCGCGGACAAAUCUAAAGACAGUAAAGAUAAACCGAACGGCAAAGAGAAGAAAGAUAACGGUGAAAAGAAAGAUAGUACGCAAAGCAAAGAUAAAGCAAAAGAUAGCACGGAUAGGAAAGAUAGGGCUGAAAAGCGUAAACUAAGCACGGAAAGUAAAAAGGAGCAGAGUCCAAAUGCGGAAGACAAGGUGAAUAAAGAUAAAGAUUCGGAUAAAGAAAAAGAUAAAGAUAGCCCUAAAGAAGAUGAGCCGAGAGCGAAGAGGACGAGAGAGAGCAAGAAGACUGAACCGCCACCGCCGCGAUCGCCGACAAAAAGGAAGUCGAAAGCUUGAACAAAAUAUUAGAAAUUAUUAUUAAGUUGUUUUCUUAACGGACUUGCAGGAAUUGUAUCAAAAUAUUUGAUUUUUUUUUAUAUUAUUUUAACAGAUUUUGUAUGUGAAAAUAGAAGUUUUUGUCUAUAAAAGGUAUGGUGUAAAUGUAUGGGGAAAUGAUUUUGUAGAUCUUCAAUAUAGAAACGUAAUUUAUUGCAUCAAAAAUAGUAUUUUGAUAAGUUGAUAUUUCUUUAUGGCAAUAUUCUCUAAUACUUAAAAUCUGCAGAAUAUUUUUGUGUGUUUUAAAAGUUAUGAAUUCAUAAAUUAUCUGUUAUUAAAUUUUUUAUUGAUUUUUUAUUACAUUAAUAUUAAGAUUUUGGGGUCAUUUUAAUAAUAAAAGUCGAUUAGAAUAUUAUUCACUAUCAAUAACUUUAACAAAUGAAAAAAUAUAACAAAUUUUAAAAGAAUACCAAUUGUAAUAAGUCUAAAAACACCAUCGAUUCCUGCAAAUCCGUUACGAAUGUCGCAGUCCACGUUUAUAUAUAGAAAAUUAUUUUAAGUAUUAAAAAAAACUAUAAAUAGAAAUAAGGUGCAUAU